CCUCCGUGGCCUACCUGUUCUCUUGCGGCCCCGGCUCGCCUCGUCCUCGCUCUCCGUCCGUCGCGUGGGCCGCCUCGCUCGCUCCCCCGCCGCCGCCAUGUCGCCCGUGCGGGCCGUGCUGGCGCUGCUGGCCGCGCUCUGGGCCCCGGCGGCCGGCUACUUCGUCAGCAUCGACGCGCACGCCGAGGAGUGCUUCCUCGAGCGGGUCCCCUCCGGCACCAAGAUGGGGCUCAUCUUCGAGGUGGCCGAGGGAGGCUUCCUCGACAUCGACGUCGAGAUCACAGGCCCUGAUAACAAAGGCAUUCACAAAGGCGACAGAGAAUCCAGUGGAAAAUACACCUUCGCAGCUCACAUGGACGGAACGUAUAAGUUCUGCUUCAGCAACAAAAUGUCCACCAUGACUCCAAAGAUAGUGAUGUUCACUAUUGACAUUGGGGAAGCUCCUAAGGGACAGGACAUGGAGACAGAAGCUCACCAGAACAAGCUAGAAGAGAUGAUUAACGAAUUAGCAGUGGCCAUGACAGCUGUCAAGCACGAACAGGAAUACAUGGAAGUUCGCGAAAGAGUACAUCGAGCAAUUAACGACAACACAAAUAGCAGAGUGGUCCUCUGGUCGUUCUUCGAAGCCCUUGUACUAGUUGCCAUGACACUGGGACAGAUCUACUACCUGAAGAGGUUUUUUGAAGUCCGGAGAGUGGUUUAAUCAAACUUGGCUCCCAGCCCCUAUUCUGGUGAUCCCAGACUCUGUUCACUCUUUUACCAAACAACUUUAUUGCAAAAAUCACGUAGUUUCCUUUAUCCCCGCAUCCUGAACUAUAAAACUUUUUAAGUUUAAUGUUUUCUUAGCUUAAUUCUGGGUUUCUUUGGGUUUUGAUGGUGGUUGUUGUUUUCUUUUUGUUUUGAUAUGAGGCGAUAACCUGCCGUGAGUUAUUUUUCUGAAAUUGGACGAUUUUUUUUCUCACAAGCCAAAAGGAGUUGAACCAAAAUUGACAGACGUUAGUUGGAAAACAGUACCCUUGCUCUUCUUAAUUCUUGGGUGUUUUUUCCCCCCUCUCUCUUUCUUUUGGCUUCUCGGGGGUUGUUUUGUAGCAAAUUGCUGACAUUUUGUCUAGGAGAAAUGGUACAGGGCUUUUUCACAAUAUGGGGGAGAUUCUCUAACUAAAUCAAUGGGUUUCACCUCUACUUUCACUAGAGAACAGUUAUGGUGUACUCCCAUCCUAGCAGUGCUUCCCCCAAAAGGCACUAUGCCGAGGAAGAAAUGAAGACGGUACUAUUCAGACAUACACAAAACUAGGAAUAGGUGCUGUUAAGCCACGGCUUAAGUGACGUCUUGUAAAAUCCCCAAUAUCUUUAUGGUGGUUCCACCGAUUUGUUCCUUGAGAUUUAAGUUAGAGAAGCAAGGAGAGCCCUGUUCCCUAUGGCCUUUGUUUUCAAACCUUGGAGCUGGCAAUUGUUGUUGGGGGAUUUGGGUUAAGGCUAGCAUCUUCCUCUCUCUCUGCUGAUCCUUCCAAAGCUACUCCUUUCUGUAGCGCUAGGGCAGGAACACGUCCCUGCUUUCUGAUCUCACAACUUUUGAGAGGAGUGAGGGAGAAGAUUUCUACAGUACUCUGCAGCCUGGGCUACUUGGUCCUGGCAGCCUCGGAUGGGGAAUGAUUUUUUUUCCCUUCACCAAGAGAAAUGAAACGGAAAAACCAUCCCUUUUCUUUGUUGCUGAAUCUUUCCCGAGAGGCUAUUUGCAUACUGAACCGGUGCACAUUUUUAAGUUCAUGUUACGACUGCAAUUCCAUAAAUUUUCUCUCCAGCUUUUCCACUCUGCCCUGCUCUUCAAGGCGCAGGAACCUCUCUCAAGAAAGGCGUCGUUGCUCCGAAUUUGGCUGUCCUCUUUUAUUUUCUGCUUGUUCUCUUUUCACGCAUCGACAUAAUUUUUUU